AUGCUGUUAGGAGACGUCUUUCCCAACUUCGAAGCCGAUUCCACUUUUGGCCAAAUGAAACUGCAUGAUUUUCUGGGAGAUUCCUGGGGCGUCCUGUUCUCUCAUCCUGGAGACUUCACUCCCGUCUGCACCAUUGAACUCGGCAGGGCGGCUCAGCUCAGUCCCGAGUUCAGCAAGCGUAACGUGAAGCUGAUGGCGCUCUCCGUCGACAGUCUGCAGGAGCAUCACGACUGGAGCAAGGACAUCAUGGCCUACAAUAACACAGAGCCUGGGAGCCAGUUUCCCUUCCCCAUCAUAGCGGAUGAUCGGCGGGAGCUGGUGGAGAAGCUGGGCAUGCUGGACCCGGAGGAGAAGGACCGCAACGGGAUGCCACUCAGCGCCAGAUGCGUGUUUGUGAUCGGCCCGGACAAGAAGUUAAAGCUCUCCAUUCUCUAUCCUGCAACAACAGGACGAAACUUUGAUGAGAUUCUGCGUGUCAUUGACUCGUUACAGUUAACGGCGCACAACCGUGUGGCUACGCCUGUGGACUGGAGGCCUGGAAACAGUGUGAUGGUGCCUCCCAGAAUCCCUGAGACGGAAGCUGCGACACUCUUCCCCGCUGGAAUCUAUACCAAAGACCUGCCGUCUGGGAAGAAAUAACUGCGCUAUACACCACAACCCAACACACAUCAGCAGUGAACUACAGAUGGAUAACUG